AUGCCCAAGAAUGCGGUGGUCAUCUUGCGCUAUGGCCCAUACAGUGCUGUUGGCCUAUCUGUGGAGCACCGCACCUUCCGCCUGGAGGGCUUGCAAGCUGUGCUGGCUGCAGAUGGACACCAGGUCAUUCUAGAGAAGAUAGAAGACUGGAAUGUGGUAGAGCUCACGGUGAAUGGAGAAGUCGUCUUCCACUGCAACAUCAAAGACCUGGAAUUUGGAGGCGAUGGAAAACUAGACCCUCUGUGCCAAGAGGCCAGGGUAGCCGUGCUAAAUGCCUACUGA